CGAUCGCAACCCGGAUCGGAUUGGAUCGUAUCGGAUCGUACAUAUAUAUAAAUAUAUAUAUACUCAACGUCGGCGAUCGCAUGCGGACAAAAAGUUAAAUACAAGGUCAAAGACGUGCCAAAAUCAGAGACAACCGAAGCUGAGGAAAUAUAAAACACAAAAAUGACGGCCAAAACGGAGAUUAAUUUACUGGAUCCGAAUAGUCAGGAGCAGGAGCAAGUCACUACACCGGGAACAUCCAUAUCCACAGCCUCCGAAGCGGAAAUGGAAAUUGAAACGGAAACGGAAACGGGAGUGUGUGCCAAGACCAAUGAACUUAGCGAAAUCUUCUUUGUGGAUAAUAAUCGUAGAAAGCAGAGCAUUAAAAUCCAGGUUAAACUCUGUCCGGAGGGUGUCUAUUUGCGACGUGAAACGGAUGAAGAUGAUCAUAUCAAUGAGCAGUUAAUCAGGAUCGAUGAUAUCAUUGGUUCCCGCUUUGGACCGCGUUUAAGGAAACGUGCCCGCGGUGGCCUCAACUCCUGCAAGAAUCCCAAUGUCCAAACGGAAGAGGCUUCACCGGAACCGGAUAGUGAUAAUAGCGCCUAUCUCUAUAUAUAUGCUUAUUUGAAGAAGGAGAAACCCUUGAGGAGAGUUCAGACCCUCAGGAUACUACGCUUUCGUUCUAGCCAUGAUUAUGCAGUUAAUUUAAACACUGCCGAACAAUGGCAUCGAACUAUAAGGCAACAUAAGAGAGGCAGUGCUGGAUGCAGUGCCUCCAGUCACAUUGGUGAUUCCAGCAAACAAUUACUGAUACUCCUAAAUCCCAAAUCCGGUUCCGGCAAGGGGCGAGAGCUCUUUCAGAAGCAAGUGGCCCCGCUGCUCAGCGAGGCAGAGGUCCAAUAUGAUUUACAAAUAACCACACAUCCGCAAUAUGCCAAGGAAUUUGUACGAACUAGAAAGGAUCUGCUGGAACGUUAUUCUGGCAUUGUGGUGGCCUCUGGCGAUGGUCUCUUCUACGAGGUACUCAAUGGUCUUAUGGAACGCAUGGAUUGGAGAAGGGCUUGCAGGGAGCUACCCUUGGGCAUUAUACCCUGUGGCUCUGGCAAUGGUUUGGCCAAAAGUGUAGCCCAUCAUUGCAAUGAACCCUAUGAACCCAAACCCAUUCUACAUGCCACUCUCACCUGCAUUGCCGGCAAGAGCACACCCAUGGAUGUGGUUCGAGUUGAGAUUGCAGCCAGGGAUAAGCAUUAUGUAAUGUAUUCCUUUUUAUCGGUGGGUUGGGGUCUUAUAGCCGAUAUUGACAUUGAAAGCGAACGCUUGAGAUCAAUUGGAGCCCAGAGAUUUACCCUUUGGGCCAUAAGACGUUUAAUAACAUUGAGGACAUACAAGGGCAAGGUUUAUUACCAAUUGCCCAAUAAAAUAACUAAAGUGGAGCAGGCCAAGGAAGCCAAGGAAAUAACUAAAAAAUCUGCCAACUUUACACCCACUUCAAAUGCUAAUUCCAAGGCAGAAGCCAGUGAGUUUCAUGAUUUACCCGAGGAAGAGGAAGGGGAAGAGGAUGCUGAACACUUCUCUGAUGCCAUAUCCCUGGAUAGAUCUGUGUACCGACAAAAUGCCGAUAGCUGGCACUCGGCCAUGUCAAGAAGAACCGCCUAUUAUUCGCUGGGUGGUCCCAGUCUUCGUUCAAAUCGCAGUCGAAUGAGUAUAAAUCAACGUAUUGAGGCAGCAAAUGCUGAAUUUUCGGAAUUGGUGCCAUCGGGCACUAUUCCCGGGUUGAAUAUGCCAUUGGAGUCCAAGGAUGGUUGGAUCUGUGAGGAAGGUGACUUUGUGAUGGUACAUGCUGCCUAUACCACACACUUGUCUUCGGAUGUCUUCUUUGCCCCGGAAUCCCGACUGAGCGAUGGACUUAUCUAUCUGGUGAUCAUCCGUAGUGGAGUGAGUCGCCAUCAAUUGUUGAACUUUAUGUUGAGUUUAAAUACCGGCACCCAUCUGCCCAUCGGUGAGGAUCCCUUCAUCAAGGUGGUGGCCUGCAGAGCGUUCCGUAUCGAACCCCAGACCUCCGAUGGCAUUCUGGUGGUCGAUGGCGAACGUGUUGACUAUGGACCCAUUCAGGCGGAGGUAAUGCCGGGUCUGAUUAAUGUAAUGACCACCAAUGGUCAGUGAUUUUUAUGGACUAAAGCUACAUAAGUGGAACAGGUAUAUAGAAAAGUUAUGUUUCCAAGUCAUUAAAUCAUAUAAAAUAUAGAAAAAAGACAACACCUAACAAAAGUAUAUAUAUGUAAAUCGAGGAAAAAAUUGGUAUGGCGUUAUACAUAUUAUUGUUUGUAUUGUCUCAAAAACGCUAUAUGUAAGAUUGAUUUUUUUAGAAAAAACUAACUAUAAAUAGUAAUUAGAGAGACAAAUUCCAGUGACAACAUGUUUAUAAUUGUCUCAAAGAAUGCUAAAUUUAAGCUUGAAUUUCUGUAGAAAAAGUACAUGUAAAUAGAAACAACAACAAACAAUACAAUAUUAUACAAAAAACAUAUUUUUAGAAUUAAUAUUUUUUUCCUACAUGUUUUUUGGGGUACCAGGUAUCUCAUAGUCGAGCACACUGAACUAAAGCUUUCUUAUUUUAUAUAAAUGCACCGAUAAUGGCCAC